GUGCUCAGCACAGAAGCAAGGCUGAUAUACGGGGUGCUCGGUUCAGGGACAGGGGUUCACCUUCAGUGCACACGCAGCUGCCCCAUGGCCUGAUUUGCCCCCAUGCAACUUACAGAUCUGUAGGCGGUGAAACGGGGGAAGCGAAAGUGCAUGGGCGUGCACCCAAAGGCAUUCGCUUUUGUAGCUCUGCCAAAAGUGAGCAGCCAAUGCGCGCAGCCCCGAGAGGAAGCGAAAGGAAGGCGAGCCUGGAGGAAGUCGUGGCUGGGCUGUGUUUGCUGGACUUGCUGGGUCAGAAGUGUUCUGGUUCGGAUUACGCCCGAAGCUAAAGGAGAGGGCAACGAAGCAAAUUGUCCCCUUUCAAGCAGCCUUCUGAGUUGGUGUCAUGAUGGCCUUGUUUAAAUGCUUCUGGAGUUUGCAGUCGCCUCGCCUGCUCUUUCGUCGAGCCAAGAGCCACCUCGCCUCUCCCAUCACCUCACGCUACGAAGCGAUAAUCCGAGGCGAACAGGAAGUGCCUGAGCAUUUCAAUUUUGCAAGUGAUGUUGUGGACAAGUGGAUACAGCUGGAAAAGGGUGGACAGCGACCUCAGAACCCAGCCUUCUGGUGGGUGAAUAACCAGAAGGAAGAGGUCAAGUGGAGCUUUGAAGAACUGGGCGUCUUGUCCCGAAAAGCUGCCAACGUGCUCACAGGUCCGUGCGGCUUGCAAAGAGGCGACAGGAUCAUUACAGUCCUGCCCCGGAUUCCGGAGUGGUGGAUUCUGAUCAUGGCUUGUAUACGAACAGGCAUUGUUUUUAUCCCUGGUAUAUCCCAGCUAACAGCGAAAGACAUUUCCUAUAGACUCCGGGCUUCCAAAGCCAAAUGCAUUGUUGUCAGUGAAGCUUCAGCUCCCGCAGUGGAGUCCAUUGUGUCGGAAUGCGAGUUUCUGCAGAACAAGAUAAUUGUGUCCGAGAGCAGCAGAGACGGCUGGCUGAACUUCAAGGAGCUACUCCAAGCAGCGCCUGCGGACCACGUCUGUGUGAAGACCAAGAGCCAAGAGCCCAUGGCCAUCUACUUUACUAGCGGAACCACCGGAACUCCCAAAAUGGUGGAACAAUCCCACUGCAGUUAUGCCAUUGGGCUGACAGCCACCGGCAGACGCUGCAUGGAUCUGAACCCUUCAGCCAUAUUCUGGAAUACAUCAGACACAGGAUGGAUCAAGACCUCUUGGAGUUGUGUGUUUGCGCCCUGGAUGCACGGAUCCUGCGUCUUUGUACAUCACCUGCCCCAAUUUGAGCCUACGGUCGUACUCAAUACCCUUGCAAGUUACCCAAUCAACGUUUUCUGUACAGCUCCCACUGGAUACCGGAUGUUGAUUCAACAUGAUCUCGCCAGCUACAAAUUCAUGAGUCUGGAGCACUGUGUGACCGGAGGGGAGCCGCUCAACCCGGAAGUGUAUGAACAAUGGAAGACUCAAACAGGGCUGGAUAUCCAUGAAGGAUAUGGUCAAACCGAAACAGUAGCGAUAUGUACUAAUAACCAAGGAAUGAAAAUUAAACCGGGCUCAAUGGGGAAGCCAUCUCCACCAUAUGAUGUCCAGAUUGUAGAUGAUCAUGGCAAUAUUCUGCCUCCAGGGGAAGAAGGCGACAUUGCUAUCCGAAUCAAGCCAAAGCGGCCAUUUUGUCUGUUUUUAAAGUACACAGAUAACCCUGAGAAGACAGCAGCCAGCGAGCGUGGGGAUUUUUAUGUCACUGGAGACCGAGGGACCAAAGAUGAAGAAGGCUACUUCUGGUUCGUCGGAAGGUCGGAUGAUGUCAUUAAUUCCGCCGGAUACCGCAUUGGCCCCUUCGAAGUGGAGAGCGCCUUGUUAGAACACCCAGCUGUUGUGGAAUCUGCUGUUGUCAGCAGCCCAGAUCCCGCCAGAGGAGAGGUGGUGAAGGCGUUUGUCAUCUUGUCUCCUGCGUUUUUAUCACAUGAUCCAGAAAAAUUAACCAAGGAGCUGCAGGAUCACGUGAAAAAAGUUACCGCUCCCUACAAGUAUCCUAGAAAGAUCGAGUUUGUCCAAGACCUGCCAAAGACGGCUGCUGGAAAAAUUCAGAGGAGCAUAUUAAGGAAUCGGGAAUGGGGUAGGGCCUAGAUUCAGCUGAACAUUUGCAAAGGAAUCAUCUCCCAGUCAUCUUCUGUGAUGGAUAAUUUCCCCCCUUUUGCUCCCUUUCUGAAUCUAUUGUUUAAUUCUAAUAUCCGAAUCUAAGAGAUCUGUGGAAUCAAGCAAGCAAAACUGUGGUUCCCUCCUGCGGAUGCUUCCAUAAUUCCUCUCAUCUGGAUUUCCCCCCAAUUUUGGUGGUGGUUGAAUGACCUUGUUCGCAAAGGGGAAGUGAUGCAUCUGGAAUCCACCAUUGUUCAAUAUUUUUAUACUUAACAAUAAAAUACUAAAGACUACAGUAUAAAUAAAUGUACCAUAAUUGCAAUUUGAAAUAUAAGCUUCUACCACCUGUAUCCCCGACAAUAAAUUGACCCAAUAUGCAUCAAUAAAUAUUGAAACGUAUAAUACAUGUUUUACUAUAUUUGAUAUAGAAAAAAACUAUUCUUGCAUAUGUAGAAUAAGUAUGGGAAAAAUAAAGCAUAAUCAUUUUCA